UGACAGAUGAGAUAAUAGUUCCAAGAAAAAUAUUUAUCAAUAGGAAAUUGAAAACAAUGCUAAUUAAUCCCUCAAAACAAAGCCAUGUACACAUUUAAUUAGUACCAUUACAUGAAUUUAUUAAAAAUGGAGGAGUUGAAAAAUAAAAUUUUAGGUCUUAUCAAUAAACAGGCUCCUAAAAUACCGUCUAUGGGAUUUUCCGAUGCAAAUUACCACUUCAACGAGGCCUCAACACUAUCAAUAAAUAGCAAAACAGUAUCGGAGGCAAAUAGGCCAGCCGAUCAAGAUAUAUUGGAGAGUAUAGAAGCAGCCUAUUUCUCCUUAGAUGAAAAUUACGAUAUAUGUAGAUUCGAAUUGAGUAAACUAUCAGAAAAUCUGGAAUACGAUCAAAUCCUGAGAGAUUCCAAAACUUUAACGCAACAAUAUCAGGUGGUUUCGAAAAAAGUCCUACAGCUCAUUCUUGAACAUCAGAGCUCUUGCAAUGAGGAAUUUCAGCAUGUACUUAAGGUACUGGAAAAGGUUAAGGAAACUUUGGAUCUAUGUAAGAGAAGCAGGAACGAAUUGAGUAUAGUUAAGAGGGAAUAUCAGGAAUCUCUGUUGGUUAUGGCUAAUUACAGAAAGAGGAAAUUGGCUCAGAAUUUACUAGAUAAUCUCAAGAUGAUCAAAAAUUUAUAUAAUUUUGAUAAAAGACUGCAAGUGCUAUUAAAUGAAGGCGAUUAUGUAGGGGCAAUCCUAGAAUUGCAAAGAUGCCAGAAAAUAGCUUAUAAAUAUAGACAUUUCACUUGCGUAGCUGCUCUGACAUAUAAGUUACAAGAAACGAUGGAAAACACUGAUAGUCAACUUGAUAAAGCUUUGGCGCAAACUUGCCUUCAUUUUGACGGGGAAUAUUUCUCAAAGUUACAAGAGGCCUUCAAACUUUUGGAUAAGUCUCAGUCCUCAGUGAUAGACAACUUACAUGUUCAUUAUAUUACUGCGAUAUAUAAUCAAUCCUUCAACAUUGUGCAAUCUUACGUUAGCAGUCCCGACAUUCUUAUAUCUAGUGAUACUACUGGAAAAAAUCCCUACAAGACAUUAUGUCAGUCGGUACCACAGGACCUAUUCAUUCCGUGCCUGAUAGAUCUCUGUAAAGUGCUCUUCAAAAUAGUCCUAAGUUACCACCAACUCGUAGGUUGGUACAACAACCAAGACAACGACUAUAUAAUUGAAGGAAACAACUCGGAUCACGAACAAAAAUUCGAAAGGGAAAAAUUAGAACAUAACCUGAUGAAAAUCUGGGACGACGUUCAGAGAAAAGUAUCCAGUUUGUUACUCAACGUAGACCUCGGCAGAUACAAGUUCGACCAAUUCGUUCAAGUUCUGAGCGUCAUUCACAGAUUGAUCCAAGUCGGGGACGAAUUUUGCAUGAGCAAAUCGGAUGAGCUGCUGGAAUCCAUAAGAAAGCAGAGCAUCAACUAUUUCAAGAACUAUCACUCGGCACGAUUGGACGAACUCAGGAUUUUCUUCGAGAACGAGAUGUGGGAACUGUGCCCCGUCAAGUCCUCGUUUACCAUCUUAAAACUCCAAGAGUUUAAGCCUUUGCGUUCCCUGCUGAAGAACUUCAAGUUUAGAUCUCAGCUCAGCGCUCAGAUUGUGAUACCCCAUUCGACCGGAUCCAACGACUGCUGUUCGUCCACUCACUCUCAGGACGGUAGCAGUAUUUACGGAAACUAUUUUGUGAGACACAGCAGUCACGGGACUCCUUUCGAUGCUGGCCUCGAUGAGACUGUGAUCGACGAAGACAUUCUUGCUGAUGAGAACGAUGCUAGCGGUUACUUCUCCGAAGAGAGUGAAGACGAAUCCGAAGAAAUAAAGAGGGAUUCCGAGGAUGAGACUUCAAAGAAUUCACCAAAGGAGAAAAAGGACAAACACGCACACAGAGCCCCGAUAUUAACAAAUACGACACUAUCGGUGCUGAGGCAAAUGGGGAAAUACUUACAGAUGUCGAGACUGCUUCGUCCCAUUUCGUAUAAGAUAAUAAUGUGCAUGAACGAGCUCUUUUAUUACUACUUAUAUGCUGUACAUACCUUCUUCGCCUCGGAUCUGACCGUCACCAGUAACUCUCUUUACACCCCCCAACUUCACACGACUCUCAAAAAAAUAUCGGACAAUAUGAUUCUACACAAUCCCAACGAGACUGGCAUGGAAGACGACAGGGUUUUGAGACCGUAUCUUUCUCCCAUCGUGGAUCUGACCAAAUCCGAACAGUUGCACGGGUUGUCUGAGAGAAUAGUGGCGGUCGAGAGUUUGGUGUAUCUGGCCUCGCAGUAUCAAGCUCUGCAAGAAUUCAUGGAAUAUCUGAUUCCUCAGUCCAACAAAUACAUGCUGGAUCAGUUCUUCCAACAGGACGUUGCUUGCGCUGUUGAUCUUAGGAAACCCGUUUACAUGGCUGUGUGCUCUCAGGCUUUUGAUCUCAGGCAAAUCUUAAUAAUGAUGUCCAAAAUUAAUUGGGAAGUCAAGGACGUAAUGUCAGAGCACAACAAUUAUGUGGAUAUUCUACUGAGGGAAGUACAAUUCUUCACCUUGAGGCUGGAGAAGAUAGCUUUGAGGAUUCCAAUUCCUGGGUGUGUCUAUAAAUCCCUGUGGGAAAACGUGGCACAUAUUAUCACUCAUACUUUGGUCCAAGGGUUUGCUGAGGCAAAAAAGUGCUCGAAUGGCGGCAGAGCUUUGAUGCAAUUGGAUUUUACCCAGUUUCUCUCAAUGUUUGAGAAGAUGGCUGGUAUGAAACCUGUACCUCACAAAGCUUACGUUGAAAAUUAUGUCCGAGCUUAUUAUUUACCGGAACACGAACUGGAGAAAUGGAUUAAGGAACAUAAUGAGUACUCAACGAAGCACUUUCUUGGGCUCAUCUCUUGCGUCUGCCAAAACAACAAGAAGACGAGACAAAGACUGAUCCAAAUGAUCGAUGAGAUGGAGAAAAACAAUUUCACAGAGAGAUAGCGAAUAGAGGAAUUGCGACUAGAAAUAUUCCAAUGAUAAAUAAAUUUAAGUUGAAAGUGAAUAGAUGUCAUGAUGCCGAAUACGUCUUGUGUAUAUGUAUAAAUUUAUCUUUGUAUAGUCGUUAUUGUUGAUCUUUUAUUCGUAGAUCUUUACAAUAAUUUUAUUUUUAAAGGAAUUUAUAGUAUAAUUAAUUUAUUGAAGUGUUUACAGAGGUUUAAUAUAUGAAUUUUUGCUCAUUUA